AUGGCAUCACUAUUCGUCAAGAAUACAAAAUAUCCUAUCAGUCCACGAAUAAAUGCCAAUUACACGGCAUUACAAAUCCUUUCUAUACCUGCCAGUAUUACAAUGUUACAAAUCCCUUCACAGCAUCAUAUGAACCCACGAAAAAUUACCAACAAUACAAGACAUCAUAUCCACCCACGAGGAGUGCUGCGCCGCCGCCGCCGCCCACCCUGGCACCCUCCGGCGACAGUGAACGCCCUCCGCCGACAUGCCUCCUCGCCCGCCAUCGUGGUGCGACUGGCCUACGCCCUCGGGAACAUGAUGGCCAAUUCAGACGACGCGCGAUGGCAGUUGUUUAGCGAAGACGGCUUCACGGAGACACUCCUCGAACUACUGACGGAGUACUUACGACGGGACCGACACCACCAGGCCGAAGAGAUGGCCGACCCUCUCACGUCUGCCAGCGGCGCUCCUGAAGACGUCAUGGUCAAGCUGAUCCGUGUCCUGGCCAAUGUCUCCGUCCACGCUCGAGUUGGCCCCGUCUUGGCCAGGUCGAGGACUUGCCUUUCCCUCCUCAUCUCCGUCUUGAGACACAAAGCCGUGGACGAGAGCGAGGAGCUGCGUCACAGAAGAAAAUUGGCCGAAUUGGAUCUUCCUGACAUUCUGUCUCGUGGAAACCAUCAGAGUAUUGGCAAUCUGACCCAUUUCAGAGAGAUACGAGACAUCGUUACUAAGAGGGCUGACCCGGCGAUGAAAGGAAGCCGCUUCUCGGGCUGUCAUGUGCUGGAGAUCCUUAUUGAGAUGUUGGACUGUGAUUCACGAGAACUGGUAUAUGUCUGUGCUGGUGUGCUAGUCAAUCUAAUGUCAGAUGCAUCCAGACGAUCCAUCUUCCAAGAGGAAAAUGGAGUAUUAAGGAUGAUAGAUGUACUGCAGUACUUUGGAUAUGGAGACUGGCAGCUAUGUAGUCUUGCUUGCCAAGUACUUUGGAACUUCUGUGCCUCUGCAGCCGAUGUUCAGUCAACACUUGGUGAUAAGGAAACAGAAAAGCUGGUUUUUGUUCUAGAAGAAUUUUUGGAUGAUGAUUCGUACUUCAACAAUCCCGAAGUUUUUGGUGAAUGUGACCCUGAGACAAAGGAUGUUGUGUAUCAACUGUGGGAAGAUUUUGCACAAGUCGCCACAAAACUCCUUGAUCGAAUUGAGGAGAACACUUCUUCGUUACCCAUAGUUUCACCCACUUAGCAUGUAAACUAAAGUGUAUGGCAUUGUCGACUUAUAA